CAACCGUUGAGCGCGGCUUGACUUGGCGACUGGAAUGUAUUUUAUGCAACAGGUAUGAAAAAAUACGGUGUGAAUGAUUCGAAAAGUGGUAUUUCUCAACAGUUACCGGGUGGGUCUUAUAAAAUGGUGCUCACGAUAGUAUGGUUGGCUCUCGCAUUGUUCAGGAUACUAUGGUGCCUGGCUCCACAAACUGGCUAUAUACACCCUGAUGAAUUUUUUCAGUCACCUGAAGUUAUGGCAGGUGACAUUUUGAAUUUGAAGAUCUUUCGUACUUGGGAAUUCAAUACCAGCCACCCCAGCAGAUCAAUCCUGUUCCCAAUGGCCACAGCUGGCUUUUCCUUCAUAGUUCUGAAAACUUUACACAAUUCUGGCUUAUUUGGCAGUAUGCUAAGCAGCAACAAUUUGUUGAUUUUUCCUAGAUUCUACCUGACAUGCCUGUCCUUUAUACUGGACUACUGUGUAUACCAUUUAGCCUGUCUCUGGGGAGCAGACCCUUGGUAUUCUUUAACACUGCUGAGUGGGUCACAUGUGAUGUUGGUUUUUUACACAAGGACAUUUUCAAAUGUUGUGGAAGGAGUUCUGUUUGCAUUAUUGCUGGUGUUAGUAGCUGUGGACCUACAGCAAACAAGUGUGGCAGCACACCCUAGGAAAAAGGAAAGAAGGAACAAUAAAGAUCUUAUUGGGGUUGUUUUGGUCUCUGGCUUUUUUAAUAGGCCCACAUUCAUUGGUUAUGCUUUAGUACCAAUACUCUUGUGGCUUUCUCAUGAUCAGAAAGGGAAGUUUCUAUUCAGCUUAAGGACAAUACUGAAAACAUCAUGUAGCAUUUUUUUAUCUGUAAUUGUAACUACUUUCAUUUUCAUUAUUAUUGAUACACUAUAUUUUGAUUUGUUAGUUUCUGAAAUUGGCUGGUUUUUGGAAGAUGGAAAUUCUAUACACAAACAUAUCAUUAGUCUAAGCAAACAUCUAGUUUUAACUCCACUCAAUUUCAUUUUGUAUAACUUAGAUCCAGAAAACCUUGCUGUGCAUGGGCGGCACCCCUGGUUUACGCACCUGACAGUUAAUGGUCUUACAAUGUUCGGUGCUCUUCACUUGUCAGCUGUUGUAUCUGUUAUCAGAAUUAUAACUCAAAAGUCUGUUGGCACAGCUUGGUUCCAUGACCCAAAGAAACAGCAGUUUAAAAAGAGAUUACUAAUGCAGUUUCCUGCUACAUCUCCAAUUACUGAGUAUUUAAUUUUAGUUUACUUUGUUCCUCUGAUCAUCCUGUCUUUGUUUAGUCAUCAGGAGGCACGGUUUCUUAGUCCACUCAUUGUACCAGUUGUUAUACACAGUGUUUUAAGUGAUGAGAUGUUCAGAAGGAAAGGUGUAAUUGUUGUGUUUAACAUUUUAUUUUCAAUACUUUUCGGCUGCCUUCACCAGGGUGGCUUAAUACCUUGUUUGUCUUAUUUAGAAAAUAUUUUGCAUUCAAAUGAUUCCAUGGCUAACCAGUUUGAGCAUGAUUUGAUAUUUUAUCACACCUAUAUGCCUCCUAGGUAUCUCUUGAAUAUCAAAUCAGAUCAAGAGUCUAUCAGGAUCAUUGACCUGGGAGGGUCUGAUGUGUCUGUACUCAAUAGCACAGUGAAUGGACUGCUUAAUAAUUUCUCAAAGCACUUAACAAUGUGUUUGUCCAAGCAGAUUGAGAAUAAUCGGGAAAUAAAUAUCUAUAUUAUCACACCUGGCACUGUUCAAAAUGAGAUCAGAAGCUGUGGUUUUCCAUGGGAAACUGUUGCAUCGUUUUUCCCUCAUUUAACUAUGGAAGAUCCACCUGAUAUUUCUUCUCUUCUUUCUGAACAUGGAUUGACCCAACUGAGUCUUUACAUUUUCAAAAGACUAAAUACUAACCACCAAAUACCGAUCCAUUUCAACCUUGAAUAUACUCAAGAUUGAGCAUCCACAAUGCAUUGGAGAAUUUCAGAGAUUCACAACCUUCUGUGUAAAGGGGAAAGAGGGGGAGAACAAUCAGUAAGCAUCCACACUGUCCAGCCUACAAAGAAUGUUAUAAAAUUCAUUGAGAUCACAAUUUAUUUUUCUAAACUGCAGAGUAAUCCUAUUUUGAAGAUGUCAUUCUAGCUUCUUCUGUGAUGUAUUUGUAAGUGUGGGAUAUAUAUUUAUAUACCGAUAUUUGCAGAUAUGCUGGUUCUACGUGACUAUCAAAUUAUUAGUGUCUUCUGGGUGAUUUAUACAAGGUACCAUCUAUGACUUGUUGUUGGAGAGAAAUACAGAUCAAGCACAAUAGAAAUGAAGAUUGGGUAAUGAAAGUAAAGGAAUGAGUUUUAUUUGUGGUUCAUUUAGCAGAAUAAAACAUCCUGCUGUGCUUAGCAAGAGAGGUAUCAAUAAGAACAGAAGGAAAAAUCAGGCCAGAAUUGAAAAAGCACUGCGAUCUCGAAGACUUGUAAAGGGGGUGGAGCCUGCAGAAAUAUACCUGGUGCAUCUUAAUUUGAUGGACUUUUCUAAGUUUAAAGCAAUUGCUAAGUUCAGUUCUGUGCUCUGAUCACAUUUGCCUUAGCUUCAAAUAACUGUUAUGUGGCCUGACCACAGAACCGAUUCAAAUGGAAAGUGUAGUUUAUCCAUUUACUUCAGAGGCCCCUGUUAAUUUUAGCAGAUUCUGAGCAGAUUUGGCAGUGGGUUACCUCAGCUGCUUAGAGCGUGUUGCCCAUAUGCCAAGGUCAUUAGUUCAAUCCCCAUACUGACCACUGGAUGCUAGCCACGAGUGGCAUGCUUUGUGUUCUGCCUGGAAGAUGGUGUGGCAAUCUCUGCUUUAACGGGGUGGCAUGGUGGCACAGUGGUUAGCACUGCUGCCUCACAAUGCCAGGCACCUGUGUUUGAAUCCUUGGGCAACUGUCUGAGUGGAGUUUGCAUGUUCUCCCUAUGUCUGCAUGAAUUUUUCUCCAGGCGUUCUGGUUUCCUCUCACAGUCCAAAGAUGUGCACUCUGAUGGAUUGAUCAUGCUAAAUUGCCCAUAGUGCUCAGGGAUGUGUAGAUUAGGUGAGUUAUAGGGGGCUGGGUCUGGUCUGGGUGAGAUGCUCUGAGGGCUGAUGUGGACUUGUUGGGCCAAAGGGCCUGUGUCUACACUGUAGGGAUUCUACAAAUUUCUCUGAAAAUGUGAGUUCAAAACCGGUAUAGUUUUCUAUGCUUAAUUAAUUUGUCAUAUUCUCAUUAAGAAGUUUAAAAUGUGAAUGUUCUUGCAAAGCAUUUAGUAGAAACAUAACAUUUAAUAAUAAGACAUCCAGUAGUAAAGUUUUUUUUAAACCACUUACCUUAACGUGUUUCUUACAUCUCAGACUCAUAUGUUAAUAUGUAUGCAAUAAAGUGCAA